AUGGCAGCCGCCGAAUUGGGCCUCAGCUGCCCCAGGGGAGGUGACUUUUACAUCUGCGCCGGCAACACGACCGAGUUCUUUGGUUGUUGCACGUCAAACCCAUGCGCCAACGGUACUGGAAAAUGCCCGACAAAGGACAGGAGGAUAUCUUCAUUCAACCCUGAUCGUUACGCCAACAUUCCCGCUCAAAGUUGCGACGACGCGAGACCAUCGAGCGAGAUCUUUUACACAUGCAAGAACAGCAUCUCCUUCAUCGGAUGUUGCGCCUCGAACCCGUGCAAGGAGUCUGAUGGUCUCUGCCCCAUCGACAACCUUCUCCCGGCGACACUGAGCAAAGACGCCAGCUCAAGAGCAGUGUUUCUCCCUAAUGGGGCUUCCUCAACCCCUUCCGCGUCGUCAACUCCUGAUUCUGGAUCAUCUGGUGGCGGCCUCGGCACGGGAGCCAUUGUAGGCAUCGCCAUUGGAGCUGCAGUCGCCGUCGCUAUCGUCAUCGCCAUCAUCUGGAGAUGCGGCUGGCACGCCAGGAAGCGCAAUGAGAGACGUGAACCCACGUGGGAGCCCACUCCUCACUCUGCGCAUCCCGAGAUGGGUUUCGUGGCACCGCCUCACAGCCCGUCUCCCUUUGACCCUUCACAAAGCCCUGCUCCUUACGACCCAGCACGUGCUUCGUAUGCUACGACUGCCGUUCCCAGCUUGUAUGGCCACGCAUCACCGCCGCACUCACCGUACUACCCUGCAAAGCUCGCUCCGUCUCCGGUCAUUGACGACCGGCACCUGUCAACGUACACCGACACCAGCGUGAGCUCGCUCAGCACUCAUAACCCGAGACACCUGAGCAUGUAUUCCGAUGCAGGCCCCAACUUGCACCCGGUCAGCGAACUGGAUGGCGUCGGACACCAUCCAUCGGCGCCGUCGGCUCCAUUGGCGGAGCUCGGUGACGGGACGCCUGCCAACAAGAGUUAG